UGGGUUCCUGUUCUUAUAGUAUAAUACAGUUCUGAGCCCCCCCUCAGAUGGUUCUCCUCCCUCUCUCUGGGUGCUGUGGGACCCUGCUGCUGUACCUCGAGCUCCUGCCCUGGGGAUUUAUUUAAACCAACCCGCCUCCUCCGCCACAUCACAGCGACAAUGACCCCAGCAAUCGCAGACGGACUAAGGAAGGAGCCUUGAUGGACUUUUAAAGGAGUCCGGGGAACACAAGCACUCGAACAUGGCCCCUCAGAGUGAGAACUGGGACAAGGUGUCUGUCUGCACACAGGAGGGGCGCAGGGAGCCCUCGGUGCAACGCGCAGCCCUGCCCGUUCGCCGAUGGCUCAUGCACGGGGCUGUCAUGUUGGGCCGGGAGUUCUGCUACGCCAUGGAGACGGCCCUGGUCACACCUGUGUUGCUGCAGAUAGGUCUUCCGGAGCAGUACUACAGCCUGACGUGGUUUCUGAGCCCAGUCCUCGGGCUCAUUUUCACCCCCCUGAUUGGCUCUGCCAGCGACCGCUGCAGGUCACGUUGGGGUCGCCGGAGGCCAUUCAUCCUGGGUCUUUGCGUGGGCAUCCUGCUGGGACUAGCGCUCUUCCUCAAUGGGUCCCGCAUAGGCCUGGCGAUUGGGGACAUGCCUAGUGAUCAGCCAAUCGGCAUCAUCCUAACAGUCCUGGGUGUUGUGAUACUGGACUUCUCCGCGGAUGGUUCUGAGGGGCCAAUACGGGCCUACCUGCUGGAUGUGGCAGAUGCCGAGGAGCAGGACAUGGCUCUCAACAUCCACACUUUCUCUGCUGGCCUGGGAGGAGCAGUGGGCUACAUGAUGGGUGGUCUGGACUGGACUCAGACUGGAUUGGGGCAGGUCUUCCAGGCGCAGGAACAAGUCCUAUUCUUCUUUGCCUCCAUUAUCUUCAUCACAUCAGUGGGGCUCCACAUGUUUAGCAUCCCGGAGCAGCAGUACGGUGGGCAGAAGGGCACUCGGGAGGAUGAGGUGUCCUCUGAGUCAUCUGCCCGGGGCGUUCCCCAGCUGAGCAUCACCAGCGCAUACUGUUUGGACUACAGGGACAUCCGCUUAGGGCAGGCAUUGGACAAAGCCUUUGUGGGUGUGGACAUUGUAAGGAGCAAGAGUGACUCCGCGCUAGCCGAGGCCAAGCCCACGUUGAACCUGGAGCUGCACAGUCUGAUCCCGAUGGAGGUCAAUCCUUCCAUCUUUCAGGACAAGGGGUCCUCCUCCCAGGGGACCAUGUCUCGUCAGCACAGCAGUGCCAAAAUCCACGAGGACUUCUGCUCAUCGUCUCUCCCUCUGGGAGAAGACCCUGUCCUUUGCAGUGAGGAAGUGUUGCUCAACGGCCAAGAGUCAAAGGUCAAAGCACCUAAAAGGGAAGCAGCCUGGAGCAAAAGCGAACGAGCCGGACACAAAGCGGCCGGUGCCGUCUCCUCCGCACACCCACGCUGCACUUCCUACUUCCGACAGCCCUCCUUCACAUUCUCCUACUACGGCAGGCGAGGCGGCGGUCUGCGGAGGGCUGGAGGCAAGCUCUCCCGGAGCAUGAACGACAUCUAUGAUGGCCAGAGGCAUCCCCAGAGACAGUGGGCGCAGCACAGAGCGAGCCCUGCCAGCAGCGAAGAUGAGGAGAGUGAGGAGGGUGGCGAGAAGACCACCGUGCGUCUCCUCUGGCUCUCCAUGCUGAAGAUGCCCCCUGAGCUGCGGAGGCUGUGCGUCUGCCACCUCCUCACCUGGUUGUCCUUCACUGCUCAGGUGGUUUUCUACACCGACUUCAUGGGCCAAGUAGUCUUUGAAGGAGAUCCCUCGGCUGCUGCCAACUCCACAGCCCGGCAGAACUACCACAGAGGAGUGCAGAUGGGAUGCUGGGGGCUCGUCGUCUACGCAGCCACAGCUGCUGUUUGCUCAGCUCUGCUCCAAAAGUACCUAGACAGCUACGACCUCAGCAUUAGGGUCGUCUACAUCAUGGGCAGUCUGUCUUUCUCAGUCGGCACCGCCACCAUGGCCAUCUUCCCCAAUGUCUACGUGACCAUGGUUAUGGUUUCCACCAUGGGAAUCAUCACCAUGAGCAUCUCCUAUAGCCCCUAUGCCCUCCUAGGACAGUACCACGAUCUCAAGGAGUAUAUCCACCACAGCCCUGGGAACUCGAAGCGAGGCUUCGGUAUCGACUGUGCCAUCCUCUCCUGCCAGGUGUAUGUGGCGCAGAUCCUGGUGGCCUCUGCCCUGGGAGCAGUUGUAGACACUGUAGGCACCGUAAGGGUUAUCCCUAUGGUGGCCUCGGGUGGUGCGUUCUUGGGCUUCCUCACCUCCGCCUUCUUUGUCAUCUACCCCAAUGUGGAAGGUGAAGAGGAAGAAGAAGAGGCAGAGGAAAAGACCAAAAAGUAGCAGAUUUCAGCAGUGUGUCCUCUAGACUGCAAUUUAAGGACACAAAAAGUCCACGAGUCCAAGGAACUGGAUCCCUGCCCUGAACCUACAGACUGAAACGCACCCUCCUCCAGGAUGGAGCCGUGGAUGAAUGGGUGGCCAUCUCGCAGCUCUAAGGCAUUACACGAGAAUUAAUAUGCUUGCCAAAUACAAAUUUUUAAA